CAGAUGGUGGUGCUGCUACGGGAGGCACUGCCCGCAGCAGCUGGUGUGGUCAGGGCCAGAGCGUGAUGCUGGAGGUGCUGCUGGCAACUGCUGUCAAGGGCCGGGGGGCGGCGCUGUCACUGGAGGCACCCGCUGGUUGUUCGCCUCGUCGCUGCGCUGGUGGUGGACAUGAAGCGGCUGUUGUUCGGCCGCGGUUGGGUCUGCCGCCUGGGACCGGCUCAGGUUUAUGCUCGCCUUCUCUGCAGUCAGCUAAAGUCUUUCAGUACACUGCCAGACAAACAGAAACAACUUCUGGAAGAGGGUCCUGACCUGCAGGAGUUUAUAUCUGGUGAAUUAUCAGACAAGAGAACAUGGGAAGAAUACAAAGGCAACCUGAAACGCCAAAAAGGAGAAAGAUUAAGGUUGCCUCCAUGGUUGAAGACAGAGAUUCCUUUUGGGAAAAAUUAUAAUAAAUUGAAAAAUACUCUUCGGAAUUUGAAUCUGCACACCGUAUGUGAAGAGGCAAGAUGUCCAAAUAUUGGAGAAUGCUGGGGAGGAGAAAAAGGCACAGCCACAGCCACUAUAAUGCUAAUGGGUGACACCUGCACAAGAGGCUGCAGGUUCUGUUCGGUGAAAACCAGUCGGAAGCCUCCACCUUUAGAUCCUGAUGAGCCAAUCAACACAGCAAGUGCAAUAGUAGAGUGGGGUCUUGACUAUGUUGUGCUGACUUCUGUGGACAGAGAUGAUCUUCCAGAUGGUGGAGCAACACAUUUUGCAGCUACAGUAUCACAGUUAAAAGAAAGACAUUCCAAAAUUAUAGUGGAAUGCCUGACUCCCGACUUCAGAGGUGACCUAAAAGCUGUGGAAACAGUCGCGGUUUCAGGACUUGAUGUCUAUGCACACAAUGUGGAGACUGUCAGGGAACUGCAGAGGUCUGUUCGGGAUCCUCGGGCAAAUUUCGACCAAUCACUGACUGUGUUAAAACAUGCAAAGAAAGUAAAACCUGGUCUUCUUUCAAAAACAUCUAUAAUGUUGGGACUUGGUGAGACAGAUGAACAGGUGCAUGCAGCACUGAAAGAACUACGAGAGGCUGGUGUGGAUUGUGUAACAUUGGGACAGUACAUGCAACCAACAAAACGGCAUCUAAAGGUGGAUGAGUACAUAACUCCAGAGAAGUUUAAAUACUGGGAAAAUGUGGGUAACGAACUUGGAUUCCUAUUCACUGCCAGUGGACCCUUGGUGCGCUCUUCAUAUAAAGCAGGUGAAUAUUUCAUGAAGAACCUCCUUAAUAAACGAAUGUCUGAGCCAAGUUAGAUGACACUGAAAACUGCUGAACUAAUUAAUUUUCAGAACAGUUCUUGUACUUCCAAGAAUACCUAAUUUAAUGUUUUUGAGUUUAUUCAUGGGCUUUGGGUAAGUUUGGACUUUAUCCACGCAAAGUUUGCUCUGAGAAGGAACUUGAUAGAAGGCCCUGAACCACCUGUGAUGGUGACCACAUGUUGAUAGAGAUAUCAGUUAUCAGCCAUCGUUCAAAUGCCAUGUGAAUCUAUGUCAUGUGCAGUUUCUUCCAGGGAUGAUUUUUCUUUCUCUAUUAACAAGAUUCCAUUUAAAUUUUGACUGCAAUUUAGAAGGUGCAUUCCGCAAAAAACAUCUUUGAAUCUCUCAGCCAUAUUUUCUUCUUGAACAAAACAAAUCAGUUGAUUUUGAGACAUUUUGUGUACAGAUGGGUCAUUGCACAAGAGUUUGCCAUGUGAAUGUGGAGCACAAGGCAGCUAUGUUUCUGUGGCCUGGGCAAUAAUGAAUAUUAGUUUGUUGGGCAAUUUAGCAAUUCAGUAAAUCAUUAAUGAGGGUAAUCAUUUGAAAAUUCAUCUAUUAUUUUCCUGCAACACUGUAGUCUAAAGUGUUGAUCAAUUCAAUUUUCUGAAAAUUGAAAACACCAAAUAAAAAAAUGUAUUCCUA